GUGGUUGGACUGCCAGCGUUCCUCGUGAUCAGAGCAAAGAUUGUCCGCCUUCACAAUCUUUGAUCAGAGCCCGUCUACGGACAUUCUCUGUCGUGAUAUUAGAAAAUGCAUGUACAGCAAUAUUCGCAAGUCUUUCUUCCACCAGUGCUGUAGUCUAGUGGAGAUAGCAGAAUGAACUAACAAUGGCCAUUGCUUUUAUAUGACGUGAAAUAUUCUGUCUGAAGUGAAGUCGGAGACAUCUCCACCCGGAACUGCAAACUACACCCGGAAAGUGUUUGCGAAAACAUAACCGUCCGCUCCCCAUGGCCAGAGCCAUGGCUCUUACACGUGUGGUCUGUAAAUAUCGAUUCUGAUGUUGCAUUAAAUCGGUUUUGCUGACAGACCACUGGAGAAUUGGCCAAGAAUACACACUAAUUAAUUUCCCAACAGCAGAUGACUGGACAGCGCCGAGCAACAUCACCAUGUAACGUUAACUUUAGGAGAGCCAAAACGCGCGAGUGUAAUAAAUGCAGGAUAGGUUUAACACCGCUGUUCUAAUUCUACAGCAACAUUGUUUCUCUUCAGAAUAUACCAAUGCCAACACGAAGAUGUUUACUUAUUGUGUAAGGAGACGUGUAUUACAAAUAUGUCUCCAAAGUAGCAAUUACUGUAGCCGGUGUGCGCUACAGCUGAGCAGAGCGCAUUCUACCCAAGAGUCCGAAUCUGACCUCACCACCACUCUCUUGAAGCUCUGUGCAGAUCGCUCUUUCAUAGCACCUGGCGAGGUUCAUACUCGGGCUCUCAGACAUGGAAACUCCUGCAGUUAUGGACCUCUGGGGAAGGACCUAAAAAAGAACAUUUUAGAUCAGUGGUGGAACUCUAUCACUAGAUCAAAAGCGCAGGUAUUUGGGAUUGACACAUUGCAACAUGUCCCCAAUGACGCGGGGAGUUUGAAGCUGGUGGAUACCAGUGCUUUUGGACAAAUCAUUAACAACAAGGACUUGACCAAAAGCCAAGUAGUUGAUAGGCUGCAGCAGCUGCUUCAUCAUAGUUCAUCAGUCCGUACAAACCUGCUCCAAGGUGCUCUGGAGCAGUGUCUGCCUUCUCUGGAGCUGGUUAAAAGGAAGCUACCCUUUGGCCUCGCUGAAACUGGCGUCUGCCACCAACUCUUGGAUCAAAACAAAGCUGCCAUUGGUUGCUCAUCUGAGCGGACUGAAGCCUCCCUGGUGUGGUUCUGUUCCCCACGCACCGCUUCACAGUGGCUGGAUCACUGGACACGGCAGCGGCUAAAGUGGUGGCGAAAGUUUGCCUUGAGUCCAUCCGACUUCAGCUCCAGUGAUGUUGUGGAAGCAGAGCUGCAGGGUGGAGCGUCCCGCGGCGUCCAAGUGACGUAUAGGUUCCCCUGGGGAUCGGAGCCCCUGGAAACCCUGUGGAACCUGGGGGAGUCUGAGCUGCUGAAGACACACGGGAAUGCGAGAGCCAAGCUGCAGUGCAAAGACGGACGGAAGUUAGUUGUGCCACAUGUCGUAGCUGUGAAUGGAAACAUGGACCGAGGUGUACUAGCGUACCUCUUCAACUCUCUACAGUUAGAAAAAAAAGGGAGCGGCAAGCAGAGGAUUCACCAAAGAAAGGUGCUGAAGCUCCAUCCCACUCUGGCUCCAGUUAAAGUAGCACUAGACAUGGGAAAAGGGGCUACUAUGGAACUGAGACAGGUUUGUGAGGGUUUGCUCACAGAAUUCCUUGAAGCAGACAUCUCCGUGUGGCCAGGGUACCUCGAGCCUCAAACAUUGGAUCAGUUGCACACCAAGUAUGAUGAGAUGGGCGUGCUCUUCACAGUGAUGAUCAGUGAGAACACGCUGGAGAAUGGCCUGCUACUGGUGCGCAACCGAGACAGCACCAUUAGGGAGACCAUGCACAUCUCUGAAGUCAAGACAUACCUCCAGAAAUACAUCAAUGCAGCUGAAAACAUCUGAGUCGAGGGCAACGGAUACCUGUCUUUCACUGUGCAAAUAGUGUGAGGGUGAAGAAGGCAGGAAAUCUUGAAGUCUGUUUAGGCUCCAUGCAAACUUAGUCUGUUUGAUUGUUGUCAUAUUGUCAUAGAAAAUAUAUUCUACCUCAAAAGAACAGUAUUGAAUGGAAUGAGGUAGUGUGACACAUAUUUGAGAAGACAAAAGUGUUGAUCCAUUCUGAUGUUACAGUAAUGUAUAUUUUGCAUCCAGUGCAUAGUAAAAAUCAAGUUUUCACAUCA